GUCCUAAGUGCGUCCUGGUAGGGGAGCUGCUUUCGGGGAGGCCGCCGGGAAUAAAUGUCCUUUCUGUUCAUAGUUCUCUCCCUUUCGCUGUCCGUAUUUCUUGAGACGCGAGUUAAAAUGUGCACACGCGGGCUGUCAGUCCUCUCUGCGGCGAUGCGGCAGAGGGGGCGACAUCGCUUGUUGCCGCUCCACGUAGUGGCCGCGUCCACUUCGCGCGGGGUGGUGCGAUUUUAAGGGUUGGGAUAGUGUCAGCUUUAGGGAUCGAAAAGCUUGGCCGGCCGCAUGGCCCCGCUGGGAGGCGCCCCGCGGCUGGUGCUGCUGUUCAGCGGGAAGAGGAAAUCCGGGAAGGACUUCGUGACCGAGGCGCUGCAGAGCAGACUUGGAGCUGAUGUCUGUGCUGUCCUCCGGCUCUCCGGUCCACUCAAGGAGCAGUAUGCUCAGGAACACGGCUUGAACUUCCAGAAACUCCUGGACGCCAGCACCUACAAGGAGGCCUAUCGGAGGGACAUGAUCCGCUGGGGGGAGGAGAAACGCCAGGCCGACCCAGGCUUCUUCUGCAGGAAGAUUGUGGAGGGCGUCUCCCAGCCCAUCUGGCUGGUGAGUGACACACGGAGGGUGUCCGAUAUCCAGUGGUUUUGGGAGGCCUAUGGGGCCGUGACGCAGACAGUCCGCGUGGUAGCUCUGGAGCAGAGCCGGCGGCAGCGGGGCUGGGUGUUCACACCAGGGGUGGACGAUGCUGAGUCAGAAUGUGGCCUGGACAACUUUGGGGGCUUUGACUGGGUCAUCGAGAACCACGGAGAUGCGCGGCACCUGGAAGAGCAGCUGCAGAGCCUCAUAGAAUUUAUCCGCUCCAGACUGUAGUCGUUGGGUUCUGGGAUGAACCAGAGGCUGCAGGAGUGGGGAUGGGGCUGACUCUGCAGGAGGUGGGGCCCCUCAGCCUGGCUGAGGUGGGGGAGCAGACAGAGGGCCUGGGUCUAGAUUUCUGGGGGUUUGGUAGAUGUCCGGCAGGUCAGGAGACCUCUGGGGACCUUGCUUUCUCUGUGGGCAGCAUAGCCCUACCUCUUCAGAAGGAGACUUAAAGGGCACAGGAGGGUGAAUCGGCUGUGCCUGAAGCAGAAACGUCACCAUCUCCGUGGGUGCCAGGCUCCUCAGCCUGUGUGGCCUCGCCUCCCUGUCCGGAUGCACUCGGCCUCUUGUUCUGGACAAGAACGCGGGCUCCCCAGUGUGGAUGCUAAUAAACCUCCUUGGAGU